AAGACUCAAAUCAAUACAAGAAACGUAGACGACAAACUAAACAACCAAAGGGAGAACUAAAUUAUGUAUCAGAUGAGGAGCUCAUCAUUUUCCUCUGUAAUUGCGCCAUUGGAUGACGAUGUCAUGAUGGAAAUUGAAGAAGCAAACAAACCACAAGGCCGCGAUGGUAUAGUAUAUGCUCAUCUGGCUUGGAAGGAUGUUAAUGUAAUGGUCACUCUGAAUUAUGGAGAUACAAGAAAUGUAUUACAAGGACUUACUGGUUAUGCAGAGCCUGGAACUUUUACUGCCUUAAUGGCCCCUUCUGGCUCUGGUAAAUCUACGCUUCUUGACACCCUCUCUGGACGUCUUGCUUCUAAUGCUAUUCUCUCUGGGAAAGUUCUCCUCAACGGUCGCAAAGCUAAGCUCUCAUUUGGAACCGCAGUCAAUGAAUCGAACCACACCUGAUUGUUCUAAUCCGAACAAAAACUGAUAUAUACACUACAGGCAUCUGUAACACAAGAUGAUACGUUGAUUGGAACACUAACGGUUUGGGAGAUGAUUUACUAUUUGGCUCAAUUGCGUCUCCCUGAUAGGAUGCCAUUAUCAGAGAAACGAACUCUGGUUGAGAGCACAAUUAUUGAAAUGGGCUUACAAGAUUGUGCUGAUACGUUUAUUGGGA